AUAUCAACCGACGUAAUCGAAGUUGGUUCCUAAAACAAACCAUCAAACAUGCAUUUCAUCAAGAUUGUUUCACCCCCCUCCGUCGUGAUACCGCUUUCAGACCGUGAACCCUGCAUGAGGCGAGUGCGUUCGUUGUAGACUGAAGAGCCGCACACCCUACACGGAAACAGUGAAGCGCGCCCAGAAUUCGGUGCCCAGUGUAUUAUAUCCUGUGUAGAAUAGAAUCAAGACAUUUCUGGGCGAGCACGUUACUUGCCUUUAUAAACGAAGUGGACUGUUGUUAUAACCAUCUUCUGGAUAAAGACUAUAGCUACUGCCCAGCUGGCUUGGGUAUUGUACUGACUGACGGCCAGUGCAUUUUCACCCAUCCUCAAGAUGCAUAUGAAUAGCUUAUUAAAUCAAUGGACAGACAUCACUCCCCACUCCAGGAUGUGUGACUGUGACGUGGACGUGUCCUCGGAGCCCAACAGCCCCACGCUCUACGGCGAGUCCUCUGACAAAUACUACCAUGUGGACCGCUGGCAGAAGCUCCGCACUGCCGUCCGCAAGCUGGAGUUCUGGGAGAACUUCACAGCCGAGCUCAUUGGAAGCGGCUUCUUCUCCAAAGUCUACAAGGUGAUUCACAGUACGACUCGUAAGGUGAUGGUGGUGAAGAUAUAUAAGAAUGAUGUGGACCAGGAUAGCAUCGUGCGUGAGAUCAGCCUACUGCAGAAACUCUCCCAUCCCAACAUAGUCAGGUAUCUGGGGAUCUGUGUGAAGGAAGAUAAACUCUACCCUAUUUUAGAGUAUGUGAGUGGGGGCUGUCUGGAGGAGCUGUUAGCCAGGAAGGAUGUGUCUCUGUGCUGGAGGGAGAAGGUGGACCUGGCCUGUGACAUCACCAGGGGAAUGAUCUACCUGCACUACAAGAACAUCUACCACAGGGACCUCAACUCCAAGAACUGUCUGAUCCGUGUGACGGCGCGGGGCAGGGAGGCCCUGGUCACAGACUUUGGCCUGGCCAGAGAGGUGGUUGAGCUGCCAGUUAAAGACCCAGAGAGGAAGCUCUCCCUGGUGGGAUCUGCCUUCUGGAUGGCCCCGGAGAUGCUGCGCGGGGAACCCUACGACCGCAAGGUGGACGUAUUCUCCUUUGGGAUUGUACUCUGUGAAAUACUGGCAAGGAUCCCUGCAGAUCCAGAGAUUCUACCAAGAACCCAGGACUACGGCCUGAAUGUGAGUGCAUUUAGGGAGCUGGCGAGCGGGUGUCCUCAGCGCGUGUUGGAGCUGGCAGCCAGCUGCUGUCUGAUGGAGUCCUUCAGGAGACCGGCAUUCAUAGAGCUGCUGGAUGAACUGGGGGAGAUCGCUGAGACUCUGGAACCGCCCCCUAACCCGCCUCCUAACUCAGAGCAGACCACUGGGUGAGCAGCCUGGGCUGGCCUGGCCGAAGCCCUGCCCACUCAUCUAUCCUGAGGAGGACUGGAGGACUUGGGACUUUGGACCAAGUUCUGUACUUAUAUAUGGGCUGAAUCCCAAAUGGCACCCUAUUCCUUGUAUAGUGUACUACUUUUGACCAGGGCCCUGGGUUCUGGUCAAAAGUAGUACACUAUACAAGGAAUAUGGUGCCAUUUAGGACACAACAAUAGACAGCUAUACAGGGCCAGGGGACAGAGGCACAACAGUUCCCCAGGAUGACCUCUCUAUAGGGGCUGACCUCUAUGUCUGUGCCUACCUACACUGCACCCAAACUGCACCUACUGAUGUGUAGGUAGGUGGAUCUACAACUUUCAAAUUAGACUGGUGGAUUGAUGGAUGGAAUAGACUAUAUGUGUCUUCUUGAAGAGAGGGUUUCUUUGGAAGCUGGAAUGCUUUACUUAACCAGUUGACAUAUUUUGUGUACAGUUGAAUAUUUCACCUAGGGUGAUAGCAGUUGGGCAUAAUUAUGUUUAGAGGCAUGUCUUACCUUAUUUCAACGUUCUUAAUCUUUCCGUAAAUUCAUCUAAUAUUUCUGCUUUUUGUUUUAGUUUGUGUUGUUGUUUAUGUUGAUGACAGUAUUUUGUGUUGAUGAUACAGACAUUAAUCUGUUGAUUUCUUUCCUUCCCCCGUUGUUUUCUAUUGUCUUUCUAAUUAUAUUUUUUAUUUUUUAUUCAACUCUACGUAAAUGAUCAGACGCUAGAGAGACGUCAUUCACAGCUCCAUGUCACCUCUUUUCAGACAUGAAAUUGCCUCUGUCAGUUCAGUUAGCUGAGCUGUGAAUAGAGCUGUUGUUGUUCACAGCCUACAAGGAGCUCAACAAAGACAUCCCCACAGCCCUGAUUCUGACCUUCUGCCAUCAGUUCAGCUAGCUAGCACAAUACAGACGGCAGGCUGAUACCAGUGGGUGGGUACACAAUGUAACAGAGUUUGAUUCGUAACCUCACACCUCAGCUUGAAAUGUCUCUACUCGUGCUAUCAAAUUGAUACCUUUUCUAUAGGGUAAUUGGCUACUGUUGAGCAAACACAGUGACACUUUACAUUCAGUGGAUAGGUCUAACAUUAGCGACAGUACAGUAAUAUCAAUUCAUUGUCCCCGAGCUCACUCUAACUGGCCGAAGAUCUUAUUUCAAUAGAUCUGUAUAUUUUGUUCUUAUAUACAGUGUGACACUUCUUGUCCUUAGCAUGUUUAAUCAUCGGUCCUAUUUAUUUAUUUAUUUUUCCACUUUUUGCAAUCUACUUGUGCAUAUUUAUAUUCAGGCAUCUACAGUACCAGGUAUUACUUUUGAUAUCCAAUAUCCAAUCUGAUAUUUCUUGUCAAUGAAUAACGUGGCUCUAAAUCUUGCCCAUAGUUGCCCAUAGUUUUUAACCUAAAUGUAAAAAGUGCUGACACGUAGGAAAUUCAGCCUAUAACAACUGCUGUGAGAACUUUCCAGUGAAGUCAAUGCUCUUGCCAAGCAACCAGUAUUUACCAGUGAAUGUGUGCUAAUCUCAAUCUGAUUAGAGUAGAGACAAAACCAGUCAGCUGCUGUAGGAACAUUGCAAAUAUUUUAUUAGCUUUUUGACGUUGUAAAAAAGUAUAUUUUUAUUGAGCUAUUGUUUCAAAAAAAUAUAUAAAAUAAUAUUCCAAAUUAAACAAUCUAGACAUUCCUCCUGCCAUAUAACUUUUUAGAAUGGUAUUUUUUUUUUUAUCCCCUCCCCCUGCUCUGCCAAAUCUUUGUGAUAUUCUAUGAAGGAAAGUCUUACUUUAUUUUGACUUUGUGUGCCAUUACUCUGAAAAGCUAAGUACAUUUGUAAAAAAUGAAAAACAGGCAUUAAAAGAAAAAAAGUUAUAUUUGAAACAUGUACAUGUAUUUUACAAAUGAAUUGCUUCUUUCAAUAAAGGUUUUUCAG